CGGAAUAGGUUGCAAGCUGGCAGCGCAUGUGGCGGACGCCGAACGCUGGGGAGCUCGCCGCCAGCCUCGCCGCUUCCCGCGCGCUCUGUACCAAGGUCCCUGGCGCCGGCCUGAGGACGCCGAGGAGGCAGGGACCCGACAGGGCUGUCCGGCCGGAACCGCGGAGCACCUCCUGCAGCGGUCGCGGGCUCGCCCUCCGCGGCCGGUGCCAUGGCCGACUCUCUCCCCUAAAGGAGACUUCCUCAGCGGUUGCUGCCGAGAGAUGAAGAACCUGUUAGAGCGUCAGACGACUUCGGGGCCGGCCAACUAGGGGGGCUCGGCAGGAGGUCGCCUGCGCCCUCCCGGGCUCGUUCCUUUCACCCCUUGAGCGAGGCCUCGCUCGCGUCCGGGCACGCGGCCGGGUUCAGAGAGCAUCUGGGCCCGGCGGGGCGUGCGGGCAGCAUGUUUCCCCGGAGGCCGCCGGUCGGCCUGGCUGCCUGGCUGCUGGUGGGCGCGGCGGCGACCGGGCGCGCGGGGGCGCGGGGCGGGGGCCUGCUCGCCCUGCUGGCCAAUCAGUGCCGCUUCGUGACGGGCCUGCGCGUGCGGCGGGCGCAGCAGAUCGCGCAGCUCUACGGCCGCCUCUACUCGGAGAACUCGCGUCGCAUCCUCCUUGGUCGCCUCUGGCGCCGGCUGCGCGGACGCCCAGGCCAUGCCUCUGCCUUGAUGGCGGCGCUCGCCGGCGUGUUCGCGUGGGACGAGGAGAGGAUCCAGGAGGAGGAGUUGCAGAGAUCCAUUGAUGAGAUGAAACGGUUGGAGGAAAUGUCAAGUACGUUUCGGAGCUCUGGAGUUGACCACCACCCUCCAGAACCAAAAUCCCCAACAGAAAGGGAUGAAGAUUCAGGAGGCAAAGAGCAACCGUGGGAAAUGGUGAUGGAUAAGAAACACUUCAAGCUGUGGCGGCGCCCCAUUACAGGCACCCCCCUUUACCAGUACAGAGUUUUUGGAACCUACACAGAUGUGACACCUCGGCAGUUCUUCAAUGUUCAGCUGGAUACAGAGUAUAGAAAGAAGUGGGACGCCCUGGUGAUCAAGCUGGAAGUGAUCGAGAGGGAUGUGGUUAGUGGUUCUGAGGUUCUUCACUGGGUAACCCAUUUUCCUUAUCCAAUGUACUCACGGGAUUAUGUUUAUGUUCGGCGGUAUAGUGUGGAUGAGGAAAACAACGUGAUGGUGUUGGUGUCACGGGCCGUGGAGCACCCUAGUGUGCCAGAGUCUCCGGAAUUUGUAAGGGUCAGAUCAUAUGAAUCCCAAAUGGUUAUCCGUCCCCACAAGUCAUUUGAUGAGAAUGGCUUUGACUACUUGCUGACGUACAGUGACAAUCCCCAGACAGUGUUUCCUCGCUACUGCGUUAGUUGGAUGGUUUCCAGUGGCAUGCCAGAUUUCCUGGAGAAGCUGCACAUGGCCACUCUGAAAGCCAAGAACAUGGAGAUCAAAGUAAAGGACUAUAUCUCGUCUAAGCCUCUGGAAGUGGGUAGUGAAGCCAAGGCCACCGCCCCAUCUUCUGAGCGGAAGAGUGAGGGUAGCUGUGGCCCUGCCCGGAUUGAGUACGCCUGAAGGACUUUCAGAUAAGUAGGGACAGGCUGCUUCUAGCCCUGUCUCCGUGUCUUAUCACUCACUCUGUUGCAGAAUAAACAGGACGUGUAUUUGAAGGUGUCUGCUGUAACCACCAGUGCAAGAUAAUUCAAUCCUGGUGUCCGGUCUGUUCAGAGCCCUACUGCUGUUUAUUAAAACAGAAGAAGGAGGCGUCCGAGGGGGCAUCGUCAUAUUCUCAGGCCAAGCAUUUGGAAAUUUGGUGUUUCGCUGAGCUGAUCUGGAACAAGCCUCUCACCUCAGGCCAGAGGGGACAACAUCUUUUACUUCCUCUGCCCACAUUCCAUUCUCAGCCUCGGUUCUGCAGCACUCUGGGUUUCCUUCGGUUCUGAAGGUCCAGCUGGACCACCUGGACGGUUGCGUCUUCAGUGAGGGAUAGUGGGGAGUGCUCUGGUUGCAGUCCUGGUGUUGAGUGGUGUGAACUGUUGCUUGGCAGUGUAAGUGCCUCGUCCUCACCUUCUCCUGUCUUUAGGGACAUAAAGUUUGUACCAAGAAAUAUCACUCUUGGCCUCCCAUCCACACCCCAUUGACUCCCUCUACCCAGAGCAGUUUCCUUUGAGUUGACCAGUUCUUCUGUAUUCGUGUGCUGUAUUCAUCUGGGUCGUUGCCUCCUCCCGCAGGCCGAUUACCAAGAACACUGGGAGACGGUGGCUCUCUGUAUCAUCAGUGUUUUUGAUGGGAUCAGUGGAGAUGCUCGACACAUUACACUUUAGCUCUGUUUAUUUUUUUUUUAACCUUUGUGUUAAACAGUGGGAAUUGGGGAGUUGAAUAGGAUUUUUCCAUAGUCUGUAUAGAAAACACCAUUUUGAUUGAGGCGUUAUUUUUCACACUUCAGGUUUGACUGGAUGCUCAGCACUUGCCUGUCCUGGAAGGCUAAAGGCAGAGGAGUGGGGAUUGGGCGCCUCCCUUGGAGCUCUCAGAGCUGUAGACAAGCUGUGUGAACAACUAGAUGGAAGUUUGUCCCAAGUGCUAAUAUAGAGGGGGAUGUGGUUUAUGUGACCCUCUUGUCCCUCUGAGAAGCUUUUCCUCCUUUUCUAAGCUAAAAUAAGAGCAAACUACGCUGUUCAGAUAAAGUCACAACCAGAUGGGAUCAGUCUGACUGGAGAAUCGGGAGCAGCUUUCAAAUCCUCCUCCCUCCCCUUAUUUCUUAGAAUUUGAAUGACCAGAUUGCUCCCCACCCCACUCGCUACCCUUUUGCGUUGUUGAAAGGGGAGCUAAACCUGAGACGAACUUUAAGCCCCUCGACCUUUCUGUUGCCUAAGUACUGUGCCAAGGAAAUGCCUGCCCCGGUGUUUCAAGUCUUGCGUUCUCUGCGUCGUUGGCAGAGCAGGGAGAUGCAUCCGGCAGUCCCAGCUUCCUUUCGUUGAUAGUGUCUCUCUCCUCAUCCCCAGGGCCUGACAGACCAGGAAGAGUCCCUCAGUUACGGUUACGUUGGAAGUUAGUGCCUGUGAUUGUUGGGACGUGGGUGGCGUGGGUGAGUGGUGUGAGUGCACAUGUGAUAAGGGGCUGGGCGUUGCCCAUAUGCUUUUUGGCAAUUUGACUCUGCACUUGGGGUUGGUCUAUACAAUUGCUUAUGUCAUUGUAAUGAUUUCACUCCUGUGACAUUUUUAUCAAAUGUGUGAAUAAAAAGAUUGGUAUGAAAGAGUGUGUCUUUGGACAGAUGUUGGUGGGGAAAUCUUGCAUACUGGGCUUAUUAUUUCUUCCUGAUCAUAAAGUUGAAGUGUGUUUCUGCUCAUAGAGUUGGCACUUGGAAGUGGCAGGGCUUGGUCUUUCUUGGCGGUAACUGACACACCGCUCACUACCUUGUCUAGACUGUAAGCCCUUUCCAGGUGACCAGUUUGGCAACUGAAAACAAACCACCUGUUUGUGCUUCUUUGUCUUGAUCUCCUAGUAACCCACACCCUUUGCUUUAAAAGAAGGAUUGACUUGGAGGAAACAGAGUUAGAGCUUUGCUGGGAGGGAGUGAGGAGAGGAGGGGACUCGGGCCCGGGGCUGGAGUCCGGGGGCUGGAGAGGGAGGGUGGUGAGCGCGAAACCCAGGGCAUGGUUAGGUCACACAGGCAGUUCUGCUGGAAUGUGGAUUUGUGCCAAGGUGAUUGAUGCGUUAGAGACACUGAGCAUAGCAUGAAUUUUGAGUUUCUGUGUAAUUUUUGCCUGUGGGAGACAAGAGGUGAACACGGAUGCCCAUCCAAACUACGACAGCUCUUUCCUCCACAGUGCUCUCAGAUAAUCUCUGGAAAGAAAUCUGUGCUGGAAGACUACUUGUCAGAGGUCGUAUGCUGCGGGUGCACGUGUGUGUGUAUAGUCUUACAUUUGUUUCUUUGUUUUGUUUUGGUUUUUUGAAUAUUUAUUUGGCUGUGUGGGUCUUAGUCGCAGCAUGCAUGAGGGAUCUAGCUCACCGACCAGAGAUUGAACCCAGGCCCCCUGCAUAGGGAGCACGGAGUCUUAACCACUGGACCACUAGGGAAGUCCCUGUGUAGCCUCACAUUUAGAGAGUUGGUCGCACUGGCCUUCAGCCUGCUGUGGAGGCCUCUGCUCAGCACCCCUGCCAUUCUCCAGGCUCUGCGUGAACACUUCCACGGAGAAGCAGCUGAGUUCUUGACUGAGCAGCAUUUCUGUUGGCGGAUAGCUCCGGCUUUCAGAACGUUCUUUACGUUGAGACCAAGUGGGCCUCAUACUGUCUACCGAUGGGUCAAGCCCUGUCCUUGGAGCAACACUGAAAACUCUCCCAUGGGAUAGCGCUUCGUAUUCUUUUUUUUUUCCCGUACACGGGCCUCUCACUGUUGUGGCCUCUCCCAUUGCGGAGCACAGGCUCCGGACGCGCAGGCUCAGCGGCCAUGGCUCACGGGCCCAGCCGCUCCGCUGCAUGAGGGAUCUUCCCGGACCGGGGCACGAAUCCGUGUCCCCUGCAUCGGUAGGCGGACUGUCAACCACUGCGCCACCAGGGAAGCCCUAGUGCUUCAUAUUCUUGAAGACGGUGCUCAUGUGACAGCUUUUCCAAGGCUUUAUGUUACCAGCAGCUUCAAAAAUCCUCCAACUUUUUAUUUUGAACAAUUUCAUACAUAUAGAAAAGUUGAAAGAGUAAUAAAAAAAAACCUUAUAUA